GUUGAUUAUCCUUCCCCAUCCCUUCCUUAUACUACGGUGUAACCGUUCCUCUCCUGAAAAUAUCUUUGGUUCGGCGCAGGCGCUAUUGCCUGGUUAGAUGCAAAUGGCAUCAAAUCUCCCCAUUCCUCUUCCUCCGCGCACUCCUACUCCACCCCCCGACGAUCCUCCAAGCGCUCCCGACAACUCCUCCCACCUUGGCACGCAAGACAAAGAUUCCUUAUCACCAUUGGUAGAGAGUUUCCCCCCACCAAGGAGCCCCUUGAAUGCCGAAGACCCAACUCGCUUGAGCCCUACACGGGCAUCCUUCAUGCUCAGUCCUUCGGACAAUGUGCCGCAGCAUAGCCAGGGCGACAAUGGCUCAGCUGGCCCAUUCAAUUUCAAGACAACCACCAUGGCAAAGAGCCCCGUGGUAAAGUCUAACAUUGGCCAACGACGUGGACACAAAUACAAACACAGUAGUAUAUCACACCAAAUAUUCCUCGAGCCUCCGCCAAGAGCACCGCUGGCCUUGCCUAAUUCGCUGCCCAUGCCGACUUUUAAAGAAUGUCGCGGGAGCAUGUCGAAAGAUCAGAAAACACGUUUCUGGUGGAGUGUAUGCCAUAUGUUUGUUGCCGCAUAUACCCUUUGGAGCGCGCAUGGGUCCCUGGCCAUGACAGCUUUAUCCCAUCUCAUACUGUUCGAUUCACUUGGGGCAUUGCUCUGUGUAGCUGUGGAUGUGUUAAGCAACUUCGAGGUAUGGAAGAGAUCCAGCGUUCGACAUCCGUUUGGGUUGGAACGGGCGGAAGUGCUUGCUGGUUUCGCAAUGUGUGUACUUCUGCUGUUUAUGGGAAUGGAUCUUAUCUCCCAUAACCUGCAACACUUCCUCGAGUCAUCGGGUCACGAACCCCAUCACUCCCAUCCCCACGAGCGCGUGUCUGUAGGCAGCGUAGACGUCACUGCUCUACUUGCCAUCUCAUCCACUCUGAUCUCUGCGAUUGGACUGAGGAAUCAUGGGCGAAUUGGAAAGGCAAUGCGGUUCGGAUACAUCGAAUCCCUGCCCUCAGUUCUCAGCAACCCGUCCCAUUUCCUCACGCUUUCUUGCUCCACCCUUCUCCUCCUGCUUCCACUGGUAUCCGUGCGUCUCUACAACUGGCUGGAUGUUCUCCUAUCCAGCACUAUCGCUAUCUCCAUGUGCGUCAUCGGAGUACGCCUGGUCAAGACAUUAGGUUCGAUGCUUCUCAUGUCUUAUUCCGGCCCGGGGGUAACAGACGUUGUCCGGGAUAUAGAAGCCGACCCGUGUGUUUUCGGCAUCGACGACGCCCGAUUCUGGCAGGUUCAUUACGGACUGUGCAUGGCGAACUUGAAGCUGCGCGUCUCAGGCUCCGAAGAAAAUCUCAUCCGACUUCGCGAGCGUAUCUCCAGCCUGAUAAGGAACCGGUUGGGUGGCGGGUAUGGAUCUGGCGGCCAAAGAUGGGAAGUGUCCUUGCAAUUUACGAUAGAGAAGUCAUGAUAGCACGAUAAGGCCAUGAUGAGGGAAUUGUUUAUUGAAAUGUUGUGCUUACCUGUAAAUUAAUGGAACCCGUAUUUAUUGGCUCACUAUGUGUAGAUCUGGCUACCGUAUACUUGAUUUUGAAUCUGUGGUUACUUCACUGUCUGCUAUUAGAUAUUUGGGGUGCUCUUAGAUCGCGGGACGCUGUUAGCGAAGCUGCUGAAU